AUGGCGGCGUGGUCGGCGGACGGUGGCGAACAGGCGGCGGCGAACAUCAAGCCGGGAGAGGCCGGAGGCGGCAGCGACUCUGCCAGCUGCUACCUCCAGAAGUUCCGCCUCUACGAGACGCGAUCGGUAAGCACCGGCGAGGGAUCGACUGGAAUCAGACCAGCCAGCCCAUCGAAAGAAGGCCCAUCCUCAUCCUCAUCCUCCCCCACUCAUCAUCCUCUGCUCUGAUUGGUGUGGAUCCUCCUGUUCUUCUGUUCCCCUGGGCGGACCAAUUCUCUCACAAACUCCUCUCUCUGUCUCUCGGGGGGCCGCUCCCUGCUGCAGAACUUCUACAUGAUCGGAAUGGACAAGAGCAGGACGCUGUGGAAGGUGCUGAAGAUCGACAGGCUGGAGCCGUCCGAGCUGAACAUCCGCGAGGACUCCACCACAUACUCCGACAGGGAGUGCCAGGACCUCCUGAAGCGGAUACACGAAGGGAACAGGGCCACCGGCGGCCUGCGGUUCGUCACCAACUGCUACGGCAUCGUCGGUGAGCGCCGCCCCACGAAUUCGACUCCGCCGUGAAAUCGCCGGCCUAGGCCGGCGGAGAAGUCUCAACCCGCCUUCCUUCCUUCCUUGCCAGGGUUCGUCAAGUUCCUGGGACCGUACUACAUGCUGCUCAUUACGAAGAGGAGGAAGAUUGGAGCCAUUUGCGGUCACACCGUCUACGCCAUCACCAAGAGCGAGAUGUUUGCGCUUCCAAAUUCCGCUGUGCGGCUUGAUAUGGCUAACUCUAAGAUGGAAAACAGGUCUUUAGCGCCCGCCCCCCCCCCCACCACAUGUAAAUGUGUACUGCCCCGCUGUACAUCUAGUGGAGGGUGGCCACUGCGAGUUCCUUGAGACACAGCACUGCACUAAGUUCAUGUGUACCUGAGAACUGGAAAGUGCAAAGGGUGGAAGUUUUUAUUUUUAUUUUUAUUUUUUUUAUUUAAAUUAGUUCAUCUUACUGGGCAGUCGGCAGAAUAGUUGAUCUAGAAAUGUUUGCAUAGUGGGUAUGAAGCUUGUGCUCAAAAUGGCUGCAUAACUAGGAAAUUAUCAGGACACCUCUUUUCAUAUUCAUCAUAAUCCUCCUUUCGGGAUGGUUGGGUGCCCGAAAAGGGGUCAGAACUGUACACACAUGGGCUUUCAUUUCGUAGAUGAACAAGGGACUCGGUGUAUAAGAAAUCCUAGUUCCAUUGCAUAUGGGUCUUCACGUUGUUCUGUGUUCCUGUGGAAUGGGGCAGUAAAUUUGUUGAAGCUUGCUUGCUUGGUUUUUUUUUUUUUUUCUUUUCUUUUCUCUCCUUGCACUGGCUACUCUUUUAUUUAUUUAUUUAUUUAUUUAUUUAUCUGUUUUCACAGAUGUUUCCUCCCUCUUUGGCCAGAUGUAUCAGAUGGGAAUUCACACCUGUUUCAUUUUGUUCUCCUCUUGUUUUGGAUGAUGGUGUAGAUACAAGAAGCUCCUCUGCAAUGUGGAUCUCACCAGGGACUUCUUUUUCAGCUACUCAUAUCAUGUUAUGCGUAGCCUUCAGAAGAAUUUGUGCGAUGGGCAGACUGGGCAGGUUGUGUACGACACCAUGUUCGUCUGGAAUGAAUAUCUGACCCGCGGGAUAAGGAAUCACGUGAAAAACACUCUCUGGACGGUAGCAUUGGUGUACGGCUUCUUCAAGCAGGUGGUAGUUUUGUCCCUUCUUUCUUCCUUCUUCUUCUUCUUCUUCUUCUUCUUCUUAUUCUUCCUCCUGUAUUUCGCUUGUUUUGAAUGAGUAAGAGGUGGUUUCUCCAUGCCUGAAUAUUUCUAUCUUACUCUUCAUGCUGCCUGCGUUUUGCCUUGAUUGAAGCUGCUUCAUACUAUCACCAAUUUUUUGUUUUGAAAUGUCUGGCCUUGCCUGCAAUCUUUGCGUGUGUAGGCCAAGCUCUCGGUAUCCGGCAAGGACUUCAAGCUGACCCUGAUCGCCAGGCGCUCACGCCAUUAUGCUGGCACCAGGUUGCACAAGUUUUUGUGUUUUAAUUGCUCUUACCACAUGGUGUUCAUAAAAGAACCGGUGCGCUCAACCCAUUUCUUUCCCUCGGUCCUGGUUCUGGCUCUGUUUCGAUCCCAGGUACUUAAAGCGCGGCGUAAAUGAGAAGGGUAGAGUGGCCAAUGACGUUGAGACGGAGCAGAUUGUGUUUGAAGACACCCCAGGAGGGGGCCAACCAAACCAGAUAAGCUCUGUUGUUCAGAACAGGGGUUCUAUACCCCUAUUCUGGUCUCAGGAAACGUCUCGGCUGAAUAUUAAGCCCGACAUAAUCCGUAAGCUCCCUCGAUCGACCCCUUGUUCCUCUUGACGCGCUUCACAACUUCCCAUCCUUAACUACCCAUUCUGCCUCUCUCGUUAAAAUAUCCAGUGCACAGGAAGGAUGAGACCUAUGAGGCCACGCGGCUCCACUUUCAGAACCUUGUAAGGAGAUAUGGAAACCCAAUCAUCAUUUUGAAUCUGAUCAAGGUACUUUCAUUUCCUCAGAGCUUUCGCUUUUAAUUCCAAUAUCUUUGUAUUAAAAGCAAUGAUAUUGGUAUUAAAAAACAAUAUCAUUGUGGGCGUAUCCUUGAUUCCUAUUUACCCAAGAGGAUCUCAAGCUCAUAGGGUCCUCUAUGAUCCGUUUGACACAGACUCAGGAAAAAAGGCCCCGAGAGUCCAUUUUACGUGCUGAAUUUGCUAAUGCGAUUGAUUACAUAAAUCAAGAAUUGUCAGAGGAGAACCAUCUGAGGUUCUUACACUGGGAUCUUAACAAGCAUUCCAGAAGGUACCACGCCCUUUGGCUUUUCCCCUCUGCAAUCCUGUCCAUGGAAGCGCCCAGAAGUUUUUUUUCUUUUCUAUAAUCCGAAUGUUAACUAUCCGGUGCAUGUUUCUGACCCAAUGAAAUCAUCAUCUGUUCCAGCAAAGCGACCAACGUACUGGCAACGCUGGGCAGAGUGGGGGCGUAUGCUUUAGAUUUAACAGGUUUCUUUUUCUGCCAAGUAAGACCAUCAUUGAGGAUUGAGGGCGCUAUGAGAUGGCCUGUCCUUGAGUAAGUAGGACUUUUCUUCCCCACCCAUUAUUGCGUUUUAUACUUUUUUUGUGUUUAUCUGUGUUUUAUUUUUUCUUAGAGGGUUUUCUGGUGUCUCUCAUCUCGCAGUCAUGCUUAAUUCAGGCUGCAUUUUUUUUUAAUUUAUUUUUUGGGUCGGAGGCAGUGUGGACGAGGGUUGAAUCCCCAAGAUUGAAAUUAUUAAUAUUUUUUCUUGCUCUCCCUAACAAGGGGCCCCAUCUCAUGGAAACUUUCUGAAAGAUGGGGUUCUUUUACAUGGGUUGAUGACCAGCAUCUGGCCUAUCGUGGCAUGCCCAUCUGACUGGAAGUUUUGGUAAGAUCAGUAUCCAUUUUAUCUGGUCAGAGAAAUGGCAAAGUAAUUGGCUACGAGAAAUGCUCUUCUUGAUAGAGACUUGCGGGUGAAUAGCUUUUAUAUUUCUUUAAUUUUAAGUUUGAGGGAGUUAUGCCGAGCAGUUUGCCAACACUUUUUUGUACGAGGGAUUUAGUCGCCUUCUAACCAUGCAUUUGUUACAUGUGCAAUUUUUUUAUCUGGACGGGAAAAGGCCAUCUGAGUUAUGUGAUGCUUACAUGCAUUAGCUUUCUUGUGCGCUCAUCGUGCUCCUGUCGACCUUACCUUAGUGAGAGGGAGAUGCCGUAACUCCAUUCUGUUUGCUUGUCGCAUGAGCAUCACUUGAAUCUUCCUCUCUCAUUUGCCAAGCGUAUUCCUUGCUCAUCUCCCAAACCCCCCACCAAUCCUGAGUUUUCAUCAAGAUGGCUAUUUCCAACAACAGACUCUUUGCUUUUGGCUGUCGAUGCUGAAACAUUUAUAGUACGAUAUUUGUGUUUUAAAUGGCUUUAGGUCUUCGAUACAUCAAUCUCAUUCUUAGGGUUUUUUUUUUUUUCAAAAGAGUCCACCUCUCCUUUUUAUGAUCAGAUGGAAUGCCCUCUCCACUGAAAAAUAAUUGACAAAAAUGAUUUUUUGAGGUCUUCAGUGCAGAUCCAAUGCUCGUGAUUGUCCAAAUUUUCUUAUUCGUGCAGAUUUUCGAAACAUGAGGCUAUCAAGACUGCUGCAUUUCUCACUUGGCGUGCCUUGAGGCAUAUUUUGACUGUCUUUUGUUCCUUUGGUGGUGUCAUAUAACGUGUCUGGCCGCAUAUCUGCUGUUCCACUAUUUGCACAUAAAAUAAUUUGCUCUGGGCAUUACUUGUGCCUUUUUUGACGCAGGAAGGAGGACGGCAAUAAUUGGCCAUCAGAGAGUCUGAAAUGCAAUGGCACAGUUGAUGUUGACAUCUCAAGAACUGAAGUUGAGGACCAUAACAGAGGACAUAAUGAGAGCGUUUCCGUCAAGCUGCCGCUUUUCCAGAAGGGUGUCCUUCGUACCAACUGCAUAGACUGCUUGGACCGCACAAAUGUGGCUCAAUAUGCAUUUGGCUUAGCUGCACUUGGACGUCAGCUUCAUGCACUUGGUUUCAUGGAUGAACCAAAGGUUGAUCUAGAUGCACCUCUGGCCGACGACUUGAUGAGAUGUUAUGAGACAAUGGGUGAUACGCUUGCACUGCAGUAUGGCGGUUCUGCGGCUCACAACAAGGUAAAUUGUCUUGAUGAACUCUUUUAUUUGCAUAAUGAUGAUUCAAAGAUGAAUUUUCUCGUUGAGUUUGGCUGUUGACUGUUAAAUUCUUUGGUGUUCUUGCCAUUGCCAAAUUGUCCCCUUCGUUUUUACUUGUCUGGACUGUUUAACUGAGCAUGCAGCUCUUAAUUUAUAAUGUUAAAGUGGGCAAGAUUGCAUUUGCUUUCUCUUCGUAAAUGAAAUUAGAUCCGUGAAUUCAAAACCACGGGGUUGUGUGAUGGUUCUCCUCUGUUUUUCACAAAAAUAGCUGAGGCAACUUUCCUGAUCUUUCGUUCAAAGGUCUUCAUCACCCUGAAGCAUGUUUGUGGCAAUUUGCUUGAACUUCUUUCCAAUAGGUUCAAACGUCGACCUUUCCUUUGUUACUUAACCAACCGUGAUUCCUGCUAGGCUAGUUAGUGUGGGAUGUUCAUGCUUUAGAGAGGAAUAGCUGCUAACGCCUAUACGAUAUUCUGGUUGAAUAUUGUGCCAUUUUGUUUUUUUUUCUUUUCCAAACCGUUCAUUUCUCUCGGUUAUGCUCUUCAGAAUGUUCGUUUAGUGCAUACAAAAUUGCUUUACGCAUUUUUGGAGAGUUAUUUCUAGCGUCUUGGGUUGGAUUAAACUGAGAUAACCAUUGAGAAUGUCAUAUUUAAAAUAUUCAGUGCUGUGUAUCUUUUGUUAUUUGGAUUAAAUUCGUAGUGUGAAAUAGUUGGAAAUGCCUUGUAGCCAUUCAGAUACAUGGUUCUUUGGACUUGAAAAAAAAAAAACCCAGAGAUUUCUGAUGACUAUGGGUAUUUUUUUAAUAAAAGCUGUUCCAUUAACACUAAAAGAUGGAUCUAAACCUCAAGCUGUCAUCCGAAAAUUGACAGAAGUUUGAUCUUUAGCGCGGAACUUCAGGAAACAGAGGCUAAGGAUCUAUUGCAGCAAUUGGCCCAACUGGUGUGCUUCAGCCUAAGCCGCCUUUGUUGUUGCACUGUCUUUGGCUUCCAAGGGUAUCGAUUAGAGAUGCCUGCAUCUAAUCACAAUCAGCAAGCUCUGGUUCUUCAGACUAUUCUGUAUUGAGUUUAUUCAGAUUUAUGCAUUCUUAUUUACUUGAAAUAACAUCAAAUGAUGGUUAUUACCUUGUUUGAGCUUUCAAGGUUCAUCAUCUGAAUCUUGAAUAUCUUAGAAAUUUGGCUGCGGGAAGUCGAUCUCCUUCCUCAAAGCUCAAUUGUGCAACAACUUCAAUCCUCAUAACUUCUGAUGCCCAGAUAUUCUGUGAAAGAAGAGGCCAAUGGAAGGCGGCCACCCAGUCUCAGGAGUUCUUCAGGACGCUGCAACGGUAUUACAGCAAUGCCUACAUGGAUGCUGAGAAGCAAGAUGCAAUUAAUGUGUAAGAUUUCGUUUCCUUGUGCAAUGAAUCUGAUUUUCACUCAGCGGAUAACGCCAAAUCGAUCUGAUUUGCUUCUAAAGCUUGGGAUUUCGUUGAGAGCUCGCUUCAUGUCCAUGCAGGUUUCUGGGGCACUUCCAGCCUCAACCGGGAAAACCUGCCCUCUGGGAGCUGGACUCUGACCAGUAUUACAACGUAGGGAGGCGAGGAUUUCCCGACGAAAAUUCAUGGUAAUAAUACUUUUGUAUUCAGAAUUUUGUGUACGAAUAUAUGAAUAUAUAUAUAUAUAUAUUACACCGUGGAAAUUGAACGAACAUUUCCAUAAAAUCCUUUUGGUGAUCUACUGUGCCCACUGUGCAUUGUGAAUUCGCCAGUAGCCUCUUCCUUUUUGUCCUGAGAAAAUCACAUGGGAUAUCGCAUCAUCCAUCGGUGACUAUGUCACAAAUUAUUUCAGAGAGAAAGAUCCAAUCUUUCUGUUUGUCGAUGGAGGAGAGAAUGGAGAUGAAACCAAUGGGCACCUUGCAUUGCUAUCGACUGCUUCGCGUUCGAAUUUUUCAUACUGAAACGUGAAUACUUGACUUGUCAUUUCAGGUCAUUUGUUAAGAGAUCCCUUUCGGACGGCAAUAUCCUAUGCGAGAGCAACACGCCCGUGUCGAACACCAAUGGUGGAAAGAAGAGGAUCCUUGGCUCGGUGCUCUCUGACAGCAUCUCUGAUUCAACCACGGAGAUCUCGACCUGCGGAAACGAUAUAAUGUGUUCUCGGUAGGUUCAUCCCUUUGGUGUUUCUCUGUCAGGUUGUCAUUUCUCCACCAUCUUGCUAGAAAAAUUGUCUUCUCUUUGGUGUUCAUGACUUGUUCUAAUGGCGACGUCUUGUAGAUUCACCCCCUGCAUGGUCGGCAGGCAGCUGUUUCCCGACAAUAAGCACUUCUACUUGGGCGAGAAUUGCACCGACGCAUCGAACUGUUCAAAUUUUCUCGACCUUGAUUGCCUCUCAUCCUCUGGAAACUCAUGCGAAGAGGAGACUUUUGACAGGUGAGCCUGGGGCUUAACACUUGGGUCAAGAAGGUAGGGAGGGAGGGAGCUGGAGUGGUCUGGGGAGGAUUGGUCACUGCCUAAGCGUUGACCUCCGUGAAUGUAGGUUCUCUCUCAUGAACAUGCCUGUUGAGACACUCUCAUCUGAGAAUGUCACCAAUAUCACACCUGCGGAGGCGACUCUGAGUGAGGACGGAUCCAGCAUUAAGGUGAGUCGGUGGUAUGGACCGUCGAAACAGGGGGCGGGCCGCCAGCUCUUUCCAUAAUAUCUCAUUCGAGGUUUCAUCCUCGUAUUUCUCGGAGACCCAGAGCUUGGAUCUAUUAGGAGAGAGAGAGAAAGCUACUCUGACCUCACCCUCGUCGUGUCUGCUGGCUGAACUUCUAUCCGCUACAGCUUUCGCAGGAAAGGAACUCAACGGACAUAAAGCUUCCGUUCGGAGCGCCCAGAAAAUUGGACAAAAGCUCAGAAUUCCCUGA